AUGGACGCGACCAUAAUAGCCGACGAGGACCCAAAUACCACUUUGGAGGAAAACCCAAGCCUGGGUUUUGCUAAUGGUACUGCCACCACCUCGCCAACCACACCCACGAGCUUACCCAACAGGAAGUCCAUCCAAGAUUGUUUGAGGUUGGACCAGCACGACGUGGCCAUCUUGGAGCCCAACCAGGAGGCUGUUCAAAACUUGGACCAAUUAUCCUCGACAUACGAUAAAGCUAGCCACAACUACUUGUUACAAAGCAAGUUCAAUCAGCUCAACAAUAAGUUCAAGGCCAAAGAUGUGAGGUUGAAAGAGUCCAUCAACUCCGGAACAGAAAACAUCAAGAAAACAUUCAACGAUAUCAAGAAUACCGUGGGUGGAUUCAGCGACAUGUUCGAGUACAAGAUCGACUGGGAAUUCUGGACCCGGAUUGUGAAUGACUACGAGUCAGUCAUCAAGAACGAAUCAGACGAGUUAGACAAGCUCAUAAUGUCAGGUAUCCCCAAGGAAUUCAGAGGAAUAAUCUGGCAGUUGGUGGCCAAAUCAAAGAACUUCCAAUUGGAAGAGUUCUACAUUCAAUUGAAGAGUGAAACUUCUGUCCACGAAAAGUCGAUCAAAAGAGACUUGUCAAGAACAAGCUUCUUUACCAAUGUUGAACAAGUCAACAAAGGUGAGGAGUUGUUCAACGUCAUCAAGGCAUACUCAUUGUUCGAUCCUGAUGUGGGUUACACGCAAGGUAUGAUCUUUAUUACCAUUCCUUUAAUUAUGAAUAUGAGUGAUGCUGAAUGUUUCUGUUUGUUGGUUACUUUGAUGAAAGAUUACAAGUUGAGAGAUUUGUUCAGCCCGGAAAUGAAGGGAUUGCAUUUGUUCUUGUAUGAAUUUGAUAGGCUAUUGGAAAGCUAUUCUCCAAUUCUCUACAAUCACUUGGUUAAACAAGGCAUUAAAUCUUCCAUGUAUGCAUCUCAGUGGUUCUUGACAUUUUUUGCAUACAAGUUUCCUUUGGAUAUCGUGUUGAGAAUUUACGAUAUUAUCAUAACUCAAGGUAUUGAGUCUAUCCUCAAGUUUGCAGUGAAUUUGAUGAUCAAGAAUGAAUCAAAUUUAUUGGCAUUGAAGUUUGACAAAUUGUUGGGCUUUUUGAAGGAUAAAUUAUUUAACAUUUAUAUCAAUGAGGAAUUUGUUGACUUCAAAGAGGAUGCAUCGCUUAAUAAUUCUAUAAACGGUGGCUUGAAGCGUUCGUCCAAGAGAUUUUCUCUUCUUCCCGGUUCCAAGAGAAACUCAACCAUAUCUAGCUCAUCAUCUGGCUCAAACUAUUACAAAUUAAAUGAAUUGGUCACGGACUCCAUGGAAAUUAAUGUCGAACCCGUCGAAUUAACCAAAUACGAGAAUGAAUUCGAAAACAUCUACCUCAGCGAGACAGCAAAAACGGAAGAUAUUGAAAAGAUUAAGGUCGAGAACGGGAACUUAAGAUACAAAAUCAAGGAGCUUGAGACGCAGUACACCAACUUAAAUCGCGACCAUAUCGAUAUUGUGCAGAAUAUGGUCGACAUCAAGGUUAAGUUACCAGAAGUUCUCCAUGAUAAUGACGAACUUAGUAGUGCCAUCGAACAUUUGAGGGUUGAUAUAGAAGAGUUGGAGUCCAAGACCAGUGAUUCGCCCACAGUUGCAUCUUCUCAAGACUCCUUUACUACACCUAAAUCACCUGCGUUACCAUCAAGUAUUGAGAAUAGCAUCCAACAGCUCUUGCUUGAGAAUUGCCAGGAAACAGAGAAAUUUGCUAACUUGGAAGAAGAGUUCAGCAAUUUGUUGCUUGAGGAUGAGAAAUUGAGUCAGGAGUUGAAGGGCUCGGACAAUAAGAAAUGGUUUGGAAGAUGGGGUAAGUAG